AUGAGAGAACAAAAUCGUAUUCUAGUUUUAUAUGGUAGUCAAACAUUCACGGCCCAAGAAGUAGCUGAAAGAGUUUGGAGAAAAACUAAAGCGUUAGGCUUUCGUGGCCCAGUUCAAGCAAUGGAUGAUUACCCUAUUUCUCGCCUCAUUCAUGAAAAUUUUGUUAUAUUCGUAUGUUCAACCACUGGUCAGGGGGAUGAACCAGAUAAUAUGAAGAAAUUCUGGAAAUUUUUGCUAAGAAAAAGCUUGCCCCCAAACUCAUUGAUGACCCUUCGCUUUGGCGUCGUAGGCCUAGGCGAUUCUUCAUAUGAAAAAUUUAAUUUUGCUGGUAAAAAACUUCAUAAACGUUUAAAACAAUUGGGAGCAACCCCAUUGCUAGAUAUUGGCCUUUGUGACUAUCAACAUGACUUAGGUCAUGAUGCUGUGCUGACACCAUGGCUUGACCAGCUUUUUAUAAAACUGAAAUGCUAUUUUCCUAAUUUACAAACUGAUAAUAUGAAUGAUACCUUUAUUCCAAAGUGGAAAGUAUCUAUAAUAAAAAAAGAGAUACCUGUUGUAUUAGAUAGUGAGUAUGAAGAUAUUUAUUUUGCUAGGGGACAAAAAAGUUAUUACUUGGAAGCUAACUUGUUAAAAGUAACCAAGAAUAUAAGAACUACAGAGGAAACACAUUUUCAGACUAAAGACGAUAAGGCAAAAUGUGAUCUUUGUCAUUCGUUGUAUUCAGUGAAAGGCGGCUCUACUACAAAUUUGAAAAAGCAUCUCAUGAAGAAACACAGAUCAUCUUAUGAAACCAUCAUUCCAUGUUCCAUGUCAGAUGAAGCAGUUCUGGAAGCUCCUAUACCAUCAACUUCAGCAAGUACAGAAUCUACUAAUCCUGUAAUUAAAAAAAAGUGA